CUCUGGGCAAAACAACUUUAGACCCAGAAGGACACUACGCUCGAUCGAAUUCAGAAACUCGUAAGCUGCUCGACACUUCGUUAUCAACAACUCUCAGUUAAAAAAAAUUGCAGAGAUUGAAAGUGAUUCAAGAGAUUGAAAGAAGACGAAAAUGAAGUCACAAUUAGCUCUCCUCUGCUUGGCAUCAAUCGUGGUCGCCGUACGUGCGGAAGUGAAAGUUGACCAACCCAACUUCCCAGAUGACGUAACGGUACCAGAGCCAUCUCCACCAGCCCAAGACGACCCUGCCGAUACUCUCGAAGAUCUGGAGAAAGAGAUCUUCGAAGACGUCGCCCUGGCCGAGGAGAUGUACCCAAGACGCACCCACACGUCCCCGAGAAAAUGCUGCAAGCUCGGCAGGCAGGUCGCUGAGAACGGGCUCUUCUGCAACGCAGACCUCAUGCAAGUCCAGAAGCGACCCAAUGUCAUCCACCGUAAGAAGAUGAAGUUUCACGGCCCUGUUGUUCACGGCAAGACGGUAUACAAGGACCUGAUGCGCCGUGUGGAGAAGUGCUCAGCAGCCAAGGCGUCCAAGAGCAUGUUCACGAAAUGCUGCGAAUGGCAGGAAGACAUUAUGGGUGAUUUAGAGCAGUGCAAGACCCUACUUACUGGCACCGAGAGGAGGGAGUGCAGGAGGAGGGUGCAAUCGAGACAGUGAAGCUGCUACUACUUGCCAAACUGAACUUUAAAGACUAUGCAAAAUAAACUAUUACAAAAUAAAUGUGCUUUGCGAACUUUUGGUCUUCGUAUGUUAAUUAAACUAUCGGGGAACAAUGUUCUUCAAUUUAAGGGGGCAGAAACGAAACGGGUGCGAUGUUACCCCCCCCCCCAAGCCCAAAUACAUUCUUGAAAUUUCUUUGUUUUUUAAAGUAAUGCUGAAUUUCAUUUUGUGCAAAAACAUCGAGUUUGUUGGUUCGUCUCCGGUAGGCUUUGGCAAAAACCGUUGUGGCAUUUGACCUGGUGUUUUUGUAAGCCCGGUGAGCCUUUGCAACAACACACAACAACAAAAUAUAAAGUACCCCCACCCCUCCCCAAGGCUAUAAUUUUUCUAUGCAAUUUGCGUAUUCCCGGGGGUCGAAUACAUGCAAAUAAGCAGAGCUCUAGGAGUACAAGUAAAACCUUCACAUCAAUAUUUGCAGGUGAUUUCUUAGUUCUGGCCUUGUUUAAGUCAAUACAAAACGACUGAGUCUAUUUACCAGCUUUACAAAGAGGCUCGCUCUUAAAGGAGCUUAAUAUUGAUCUGAUUGCCUUAGUGCUUCUGAGCGCCUAUUUCUCUCUGGGACAUUAUAAUAGGUAUAUUGUAGUUAGAGGCCUAGUUUCCUGGAGGGGGUUCGCUUCCGUAUUGAUUGUUUUCUCCAAACUUUGUAUUUUAACUAAGAAGGUUUUGCGUAAGCACGAAGCAAGGGGGACAUUCUGGGAAUUUUGUUUGCCUCUCUCCCAAACCCGGUUGUAUAAUCCUACCCAUCUUAUUCUUCAGCUGUUUGCAUGUUCCUAAAAAUUAUACAUUUCCCCAAAUAAGCAAAAUUUAUAUAUACUUUUUUCUGUAUAGCUGUGGAUAUGUUUAAUAGAAUACUUUGUAUAUAUUAAAUGUACAUAUUAUUUCGCUUAUUAUUAUAAGUCAUUCAAACAGUAUUAGAAAGGGGUGUUGCUGAAAGUUGAUAAGCCUUUCGUCGAGGCUUUCGUGGCUUGUUGUCGAAGAUGUGCAACCGUCUUGAAGGGGAGACUACAUGAAGUGUGGUCUUCGAUUCAAGUCACUCUAAGCUACGAAGGCCCUGACGAAAUGGGAGGGCACUGGCGACUGAUUAAUUUUUUUGUCAGUAACAUUUUGUUUCAUGGUAUACAUGUACAUGUAGUUUGAUUGAUAAGAUGGUUAAUGUAAUUCUGGGACCUUGCAGUCAUCUUCUACUUUUGUUUCUUUGAUAUUUCAAAAUUGAUAAGUUCUGGAGUCAGGGGUCUUCCUGUUGGUUUUUCUUUCGAAGCUCUUUCGAGCGUAUUGUACGGGAUAAUAAAGUACGUUUUUUGUAAAAGAA